UGAAUUUUUACAUGCUCCUCCAAUAUAAGCAAUAACCCUAACAACAAGUUCUUUGGUUUUGGUGUGGUGCAUAUAACUUAUUAGCUAGCUUCACUCUUCAACUAUGGACCCAAGAAUCUCAUUCUCAAACUUUGUGGAUGCAAAACUUGCCAUCAAGAAUGAGAAGAACAACAUAUACCGGGAAGCUCCGGUGUCUUCUUCGGAUUUUGAAUUCUCGGUGAAGAACUACUCUAUGAUAUCAGCAGAUGAGGUUUUCUUCAAGGGCAUGUUGCUUCCACAACAAUGCUCCAACAAGAAAAUGGUGAGUAGUACUACUUUGAGGGAAAAGUUGCUUGUGAAUGAUGAAUAUGAUGAGGGCAAUAAGGUGGUGGCCACCCGGAUACCGAAGACCGCAAGUAGCCGGUGGAAGGAGAGGUUGGGACUCACCGGAAGAGGUGCAUCUAAGAAAGAUAAGAACAAGAAUAGUAGUCAUGGAGAUCACAAUCCGGAAUUCUAUUAUGAAGAAAGUGUCAGUAGCGGAGGUAAGUGAACUGCAUUAUUCACUGCUCAAGGAGGGAUGUUAUUAUAUAUUCUACUAAUUAAUUAAUAUAUAUAUAUCUAAUUAAGGCGUUGAUUGUUAGAAUUGGUGCUGACUUCCAUCAUCAACAAGAAAUCAAAUUUAGCCUAGGUUACGUUACUAUUAUGUUCAUUUCCACCUUUUAUUUGUAGCAUGGUACCUUAAGCAUUUAAUUUGAUCUUUGUACAAAAAUAUUUUGCAGUAAGUUGAGGAGAACUUCCAUGAAUCAAUGGGUAUU